UCUUGCCCAGGGACUCGCUUUUUCGCGCCGCCGGCGCGCCCUGCCCCCCCCCCCGCGGGGCGGCAGUUCCCUGCUCCUCGCUCGGGAGGGAGCGUGGCCCGCCAUGCGUUCCGCGGGGCCGCGGGCCCAGGCGGCCCGCCCCGCGGGCGCGGGCCGGCGCCGCUCCUCGCCGGCGGCGCGGCGGCUCCUCGCCGGCGGCGCGGCCUGCGCCGCCGCGUGGCUCGGGGCGCGCUGCUUUGUGCAGCCGGCCCCCGCCAGCUGGCGCGGCCCGCGUGCACGGAGCUGCAGCGCUGGCCGCGUAAGCAUGGGCUACGCCCCGACCGCGGAGGAGAAGAUGGCGGCGUCCGAAGCGUGUUCACCCCUGCGGCAGUUCAAG